UCGAUCCCAAGGGAUUGCCUUGCAGAGGCAGAGAGGCCUCACUCCAUUCACAGAAACAUUGGUAUGCAAGCCUGCUAUUUCAUUCACAUAAAACGAAAAUAUUAUUUGCAUUUGCUCUUCAGCUUUUCCCCCCUUUUUUCCUUCAACGCAGCGUAAACGGGGAGCUCUCAUUCUUCCUUUUGUCCUUUGCUUUCGUGCCGGUGAAAAGAACAAAUGAGCUUUUUGUGUUUUCCAGGCAGCAAGGCAGUUUUUAACAAGAUAUUGGGAGGGACUGCACUGCGAAAUCUGUAGCAGGAUGUGAGAAGCCUUAUGAAUGACUGUCAAUCACCAGCUACCCGCUCCUCUGGACAUUAUCAUGAAUGGUUUUGCUCUGUGUAUGGUCUGCUCUGACAGCCUUUGGUUUAAGGGAUGGUGAAUAUUUCUUUCUAAGCAUGCAGUAAUCGUUGUGCAGUGGGUAUCCGUUUAGCGUGUGCUCAUCUUUGAAUGGUAGUUUUGUGUGUUUAUUAAUAAUUCAUCAAGAUAAUUCAGCACAGGCGCUAAAUUAGGUUUAGUAAUUUUCUCAGCAGUACGAACGUAACAGCCUCAGAAUAUUGGUCGCUGUAUUGGUGUCUGCUUUCUUUUUGUCUGAGGUAUUUACAAAAAAAAAUAAAUAAAUAAUAAUUUUAAAUUGGACAAAUCAUUGCAUGUCAUUGUAUUAAAAAAAAAAAAAAAAAAAAAUCAGAAUUUACAAGAAAUGUGCUUGCAUUAUAUUUGGAUAUGUUAGCUGUAAUUUCUACCAUAACAAGGUGGAGAAAAAUGCACUCUUCUUUGUUUAAAUUAUGAAAUAUUUUUGUCCUGUCUGUAAGUGGCACAGUUUAUCUCCACCUAGUAUUCUGAAUUUCAGAUUACAAAAAAUCUUCACAAUGCAGCUAAUCUAGUAUAGUAUCUGUAUUUUUCAUAUAUUAUAUGAAAUAUUUAUUAGAAUUUGAUUGGGUUUGAAAAUGUUGCAGUGUAUUAACUGUAAGCAAGAGGAACUCUCAUUAUUAACGGCAAAUUUUAUGACAGCAUAAAAAUAGUGUUUGCUGGUAUGCACCACAAAUAAUAUAGUUUCACAAUAAUCAGUUUUUGACUUUCAUAGUAUUGCUCCUGGGUGAAUCAAACAAAUAUCUGUUUGCUAGUCACCUAUUAUCAUAUAAUUAAAUUAUUAAUGGCCAAAUGCAGAUUAUUUUUGUUUCUUAAAAAUACACUCUUUGUGUGAGCUUGGUAAAUGCAGAAAGAGAUUUUAUGAGGGAGGAGAUACAGGAUUCAGGAUUCAAAGAACAUUUGCUCCCGAUCACAGCAUUUUCUGUAAUUUUUCUUGCUUUCCCACUGAUGAACUAUGAAAGUAUAACAUUCCUGCGGUGGAGAGGAAAUAUCAGUCUAGGAAAUUUGAGAAUUGAUUGGUUCUAGUGUGCUGUAAGUGGGAGGAUUUUUUUUUUUUUUUUUGCUACAGGAAGUGAUUUGCAGUGUUCAGUGAGCCUUUUGUUGAGAAGGGUCUUCUCAGAUCUGUGAGUCAUGCUUUUGCUGCGAGCGGGUAGGCAACUGUGAGAGGGCUCGGGAUCUCAACCAUAUUCCACCUCUCUGUCUCUGGACCUCGCUGGUGAAGGACAGCAUAUCGGCAGCUUUUUGAGUCUGUUUUUUCCCUUUCCUGUACAGCUUUAAUGGAUUGUCUGUUUUCCUCCUUUUUUCCCCGCUAAACUGGAUUGCAGCUCUGGCUUCUUCAUAGCAACAACAACCUAAAGCCAGAACCACAGCAGGAAAAAUUACAUCAGGCUGCCUGUGAUUGCUAUGAGGCAUUUGCUAUGUUAAAGGAGGGGAUAAUUAGCUUGGCAUCGCAUCUGCCAGUGCGCAUGUAGGCAGGCAGAUAGAAGGGCAUGCUUCACCGUACCAAAUACAACCGCUUCAGGAAUGAGUCAGUGACGUCCGUCGAUGAGCUUCUCCACAACCUCUCCAUGAACCCCAAGGUCUCGGCAGCCCCUGCACCCUCUGCCGAGCCCCCUUACUCCCCGCCGGCCGAAGCGCUCCACGCCGACCCCGAGGAUGGCGGCACCACCCUCUGCACCCUCAUCAACAAGGUGUCCCACCUGAAAUUCGCCAACACGGGCAGCCUGCUGGGCAUCAAAAGCCUCCCCUCUGCCGUCAAAGACCUGGCCGUGUCCAGGCUGCAAGGAGGCAGCUCUGGCGGCGGCUCCGGCGGCCCCGGUCCCCCCGCCACCGCGGCGGCGUCCAGCGGUGGCUCCUGCAGCCCCGCCGCCGGCCCCCUCUGCACACAGCAGGACCUGGGCAGCAUGACCACCAGCACGGGGAAAAAGGGCAGGCUGGAGGACGCGCAUCUGGGAGGGCAGGACUGGAAUCCCAGCGGCAACGUUGUCAAUAAACCCUCCAGAGGAUGGCUGCACUCCAGCGAGAAGAUCUCUGGACCUGGCGUGACGUACAUCGUAAAGUAUUUGGGAUGUAUAGAAGUUCUUCGUUCAAUGAGAUCACUAGAUUUCAAUACAAGAUCACAAAUAACCAGGGAAGCCAUCAGUUCGGUAUGUGAGGCUAUCCCAGGUGCCAGAGGAGUGUUUCGUAAGAGAAAGCCUCCCACCAAAGCCCUCUCCAGUAUCCUCGGGAAGAGCAACUUACAGUUUGCAGGAAUGAGCAUCAACCUGAACAUCUCAACCAGCAGUCUGAACCUGAUGACACCUGACUCUAAACAGAUAAUAGCAAAUCAUCAUAUGCAGUCAAUUUCGUUUGCAUCUGGUGGAGAUCCGGACACUACGGAUUAUGUUGCCUAUGUAGCUAAAGAUCCUGUUAACCGAAGAGCGUGUCAUAUUCUGGAGUGCUCCGAUGGUCUGGCUCAGGAUGUCAUCAGCACCAUCGGUCAGGCAUUCGAUCUCCGCUUCCAACAAUACCUGCAGUGUCCCUCCAGCAAGCUUCCUACCUUACAUGAUAGCAUGCUAAAUAUGGAGGAGGCCCCGUGGACAGAGGAGGAGGAGGAGACUGCUGAGCAUCCUUACUACAACAACAUACCAGGGAAGAUGCCGCCACCAGGGGGCUUCAUCGACACACGACUGAAAAACCAAACAUCUGGUCCAGCAGAGGGCAGUCAGUCUUGUCUGCAGUCGAGUCCAGCGGUUGGACUAGACCAAACGUACUACCAGGGGAGACACUGUGGGGAGAGCUGGAGUGAGGAAAGGAGGUCCUUGCCUGUUCGACAGGGUUCAAGUGACAUAUACAGUCUACCUGAGGGUAAAAGUCAAGUACCAAAAAUGGGGGACGUCCCCACUUACGUGAACACCCAGCACAUCGAUGUCCAGGUCCUGGCAGCGCUGCAGACAGAGUCCGACACUGUGACGGACACGCCCAUGGGGGUGGCCAAAGAUAGUCCCCGGAAAGAUCUGUUCGAUAUGAAGCCCUUUGAAGAUGCCAUCCUCACCCAGGCUCCGAUCCCAGCGCUGAGCAAGGUUGCCUCCGUGGACAACUCCAGCCCGCUCCUGGUCCGGGCUGCGGCGUUCAGAGCCAACGAGGAGCUGGAGGGGCAGCCGUGGUACCACCGCGAGAUGAGCCGCAAGGAGGCCGAGAAGCUGCUGCGGGAGGACGGCGACUUCCUGGUGCGAAAGAGCACCACCAACCCGGGCUCGUAUGUCCUGACGGGCGUGCACAACGGGCAGACCAAGCACCUCCUGCUGGUGGACCCGGAGGGCACGGUGCGGACAAAAGAUCACAUUUUUGACAGCAUCAGCCACUUAAUUAGCCAUCACCGUGACAACAACUUGCCCAUAGUCUCUGCUGGAAGUGAACUGUGUCUUAAACAGCCGGUAGCAAGAAAAGAGUGAAAAGUUAUCAUGCUGCAUUGGAGAAAAAAGUAUUUACUCCUUUCAAACUUGAAACUUGAAGAAGAAUACAGAGAAUAUAUUAUUGUCACAAAUUGCUAAAGAUGACAGUGUUUUCAGAAUGUGGGCAUCUUUUUGGCUGCUUGCAAAGGUGGGGAAAGAUUUGUUUCAAUUGACAAGCGAUUUAUAGAACUACUAUUAUUUUGUUGUGAUGAUUGAAAUUAUAUAUUUUUUGAGGACAUGCAUAGGUUUAAUGAAUAGAUGUUUAUUUGGUGUUUUAAACAAGAGAAAGCAACUGUUAACUGUUUAGAUUAUUUGCAAAUUGACCUCAAGGAGGCAAAAAGAGUAUUUUAGAAUAACCUAAUGUUCUAGUUUUGUCUAUGAAGCACAACCAGAUUUACACAAUUGUUGGUAAGACUUAGAGGAAUCAAAUAUUUGAAAAGGAGUUAGUAUUUAAAUAU